AUGAACUGUGAUACGGAAAAUAAUAAUUGUAUAAUUAAUUCUGUUUACAUUGAUAACGUUAAAGUCGAAAAAUAUUUGAAGAAUCUCGACAUCAAUAAAGAUACUGGCCCAGAUGGUAUUCAUCCAAUCUUCCUCAGACAAUGCAGUAAGCAUUUAGCAGCUCCUCUUUCAUUACUCUUUAAUAUUUCUUUGAGGCAAGGUGUGAUGCCCUUGCUUUGGAAACAAUCCAUUGUUGUUCCCAUAUUUAAGAGCGGAGACAAACACAAUAUAGCUAACUACCGUCGUAUCUCCAAACUAUCUGUUAUACCCAAGCUAUUUGAAAAAAUUAUAUAUGACUCUUUAUUUCCUGUAAUUAAACCGCAAAUAGUUUCAAGUCAGCACGGUUUCAUCCCUGGUAGAUCCACAGAAACUAACUUAUGCGAGUUUCAGGAUGAAACAUUGGAGGCCAUGGAAAGAGGCUAUCAGGUUGACGCCGUGUAUACCGAUUUUUCAAAAGCGUUCGAUAAAAUUUCCCACAAUCUAAUGAUUGCUAAACUUGUAAAUGUCGUGGUCAUUUUAGUUGUAGUUUAUAUAUUUAAUUAUUAUUCUGCAAGCCAAAGACGCAUAAAAUUUUUAGUCUUUUUAAUAUUAUGUCUGUCUAAAUCGAAGUUGGCCUAUAUAUUUUAA